AUGUCAUCCGUCUUACUAUCCGUCUUACCAUCCGUCUUACUAUCCGUCUUACUAUCCGUCUUAUUUCAUCCGUCUUACUAUCCGUCUUACUAUCCGUCUUACUAUCCGUCUUAUUUCAUCCGUCUUACUAUCCGUCUUACUAUCCGUCUUACUAUCCGUCUUAUUUCAUCCGUCUUACUAUCCGUCUUACCAUCCGUCUUACUAUCCGUCUUAUUUCAUCCGUCUUACUAUCCGUCUUACUAUCCGUCUUACUAUCCGUCUUAUUUCAUCCGUCUUACUAUCCGUCUUACUAUCCGUCUUACUAUCCGUCUUAUUUCAUCCGUCUUACUAUCCGUCUUAUUUCAUCCGUCUUACCAUCCGUCUUACUAUCCGUCUUAUUUCAUCCGUCUUACUAUCCGUCUUAUUUCAUCCGUCUUACCAUCCGUCUUAUUUCAUCCGUCUUACUAUCCGUCUUACCAUCCGUCUUGCCAUCCGUCUUACCAUCCGUCUUGCCAUCCGUCUUACUAUCCGUCUUAUUUCAUCCGUCUUACUAUCCGUCUUACUAUCCGUCUUACCAUCCGUCUUACUAUCCGUCUUACUAUCCGUCUUAUUUCAUCCGUCUUACUAUCCGUCUUACUAUCCGUCUUACUAUCCGUCUUACUAUCCGUCUUAUUUCAUCCGUCUUGCCAUCCGUCUUACUAUCCGUCUUAUUUCAUCCGUCUUACUAUCCGUCUUACCAUCCGUCUUACUAUCCGUCUUAUUUCAUCCGUCUUACUAUCCGUCUUACUAUCCGUCUUACUAUCCGUCUUACUAUCCGUCUUAUUUCAUCCGUCUUACUAUCCGUCUUACUAUCCGUCUUACUAUCCGUCUUACUAUCCGUCUUACUAUCCGUCUUACUAUCCGUCUUACUAUCCGUCUUACUAUCCGUCUUACUAUCCGUCUUACUAUCCGUCUUAUUUCAUCCGUCUUACUAUCCGUCUUACUAUCCGUCUUACUAACACUGUGACUAAAAAAGAUCUGAAUAUUGCUGAAUAUUUCUGA